AUGGCAACACAAGAAAGUCAAGAAUUAAAACUACUUUUUACUGUAUUCGAUGUUGAUCACAGUGGAACACUAACAAAAGAAGAACUUAAACAAUUACUUCAAUCACCUGAUCCGGAUGGUCCUUCAGUUUCAGAAGAACAAGUUACUGAAUAUCUAAAACUUGCUGAUACAGAUAAUAGUGGUGACAUUUCAUUGGAUGAAUUUGUAACCUUUAUUAAUGAUAACGUUCCACAAGGUGCAUAUGGUUUAAAAAGUAUAUUUCGAACAAUUGAUACAAGUGGUGAUGGUUUUGUUGAAAAAGAUGAAUUUGAACAAGUGAAGAAAACAAGUCAAAAUUUAAAUCAAAAUUUAAUUAAUAUAUUCGAUAAAAAAUUUCAAAAAGAUACAGUUAGUAAAAUUACCUAUGAACAAUUUGUCGAAAGUGUCAAUGAAUAUUGCAAUAGUCUCAAUAAAAAUUAA